GUGCCCUGAGAGCUGCACAGAGCCGGGUCCCUCCUGCGGACACAUGGGUGCUGUGGAAUGUUUGAUUACAGUGGGAUAAAAGUAAGAGCCAAACAUGGUAAGUCAUCAACGUGAGGUGCUGCGGAGGAGGAGCAGCAGCUGUCUAUAAACAGCUCUGAGUGCAUCUGUCUAAUCCCCAAUUUCAAGGGAGCACGGCAAGCAGUAGCUAUUAAAAUCCAGACAGUGGUGGGGCGAUGGACUGAAUCUGGCUUUAAAGACAAGGUGUGGUGUUGGUGAAGGGCUCUGGCAUUGCUUGCUGCUGGCCUGGGCGAGCCCGAGGUGCAGCCUGGGGACCUGCCUGGAGCUGCCAGUGCUUCAGGUAGGAAUUUGGUUUUAAUUGAUAGAAUUCUUCUUCCAAAGGACUCCUUCUGUCUCUUGGUAGAAUUUGUUUAAUCACCGCCUCAGGGCAGUGUAGCUGGCAUCAAGCAUGCCCAAACUCAGCCCAUUAAUUGGCCACUGAGUGCAAGAGCACUGCUGUGGCUGAAAGCGUGUUUGAGUUAAUAAAAAAAAAUGCAGUAUUUGUUAAAUGGGAUGGUAGCAUAUAGGCCUAGCAUUACUUGUGAGGGAGUCAGAUGAAGACCCAAGCACAAGCGCAGAAACAUGUUUGGUACCAAGAGACUUCUGCAGACGGAGCACAGCCCGCGUUCCCAUCCUCCUGGGGCUGACUGUGGGGUCCUGGCACUGCUGUCAAAUGGCAGAUGUGCUGCUGAGGUCCAGCCUGACAGCUACCAGUGCUGUGGCUGGCUGGGCGGGCUCCGGUGGUAAGGCUUCUGUUGUUUGCCUUUGCUCACUGCUGAGAUAAGAGGCAUAUACUGAGGUGGAGGGGAACAUGUAGCAAAGCCUGGCAGUGUGACAGCACGAGGGAGUAGCGCUCGGAGCAGCCAACCUCAAGCAUCCUCCAAGGAGGCAGAGAACUGAGUUUCUAACUUGAACUAUACUUACAGGUAGGUGCAUCAAGACCACCAUACCUUAAACAACUUGUCCAGGUGCUGACCUGUUUGCACUCUUUAAGGGCUGUGGUUGCAUUGACUGGAGGCUCACAGCAGGGGGAAGGAAGCGUGGAGACCUUGUUUGAACUUAAACCUGCUCCACGGAGAUGUGACGAGUCCGCACUCGCCUCCGUGUUGGGGUUUGUGGGCAUGAAGAGAGCAGCGGCACCCAGCUCUGCUCUGCCUGUCCCCACAGCUCCUUCACCUCUGCCCUGGGGUCUGCCUGAAUGCAUCCAGCACACCGUAGCCCUGCUCCAGGAGGAGCUGGGGAGGUCACUGCCCUGCCAGAGCUAUCACCAGUCCUAUAGUUUGAGGUGGGAUCCCCGAGUCCUUGGCACAAGCCCCUGACCGAGCCUGUCCUUCUCACCUAAUUCCUGGCUAAUGAGACUAAGAAGGAGCUACUGCAUAAGCAGGUGUACAGAACAAUCUAUUUGUUACAUUUAUUACCCUCAUAACUGCCUUCUAGACAUUUUUAUUGGGCUAUCUGGAAGCCGUAAACCAGCUGGCCUGCUCCUCUGCUGUCUGCAGACUUGUUGCUGCCGCACUGAACUGACUCUAACAAACCUCUGCAUUCACAGUCUCUUUGCAUCAUCCUGAUGCUGUUAAAACUCACCUAAAAUGCCCACAUACAGAGCUUCGAGCUGUGCUUACACCAGCUGGUCUAUCAGUUCGGCUUUGCUUGCCCUGUGCUGGUGCUGCGAGGACUCAGCACCUUUGUUUUGCUGAUGGCUGACAUCUCCGGGGCUGUGUGUGCUGUCGGGAUGGCUCAGUGCUGGCUGUGUUUGGUUGCAGAGAUGCCUGUGCUCCCAAUGCCAUCCCUGAGCUGAAAUGCACAUUUGAAGCUGCCCGGUACCUGCAGCACACCAAGCAGGGAGCAGUGCCAGCUGCGGGGACUUCAGGGAAGUCUUUGAGCUUUUAUGGCCUGCACUCAGUCAGACUGAAGUCCGUGUGGAAGGAAAGCUGUGGUGCCUGUGCUCUUGAGCUGCCAGAGGAGCAGUCGGGUCCUGCCCUGAGCUGGAUUUAUGACAUGAAAAUGUUCUCUUGAAGUGCUCAUCUGCCCCAGUCCAAAGGGAGGUGCGCCGCGUUAGGUUUGCAGCCCAUGUGUGCUCACCUUUGGGUUUGUUGUUGUAGUCAAAGGAGUUCCUUCCAGGAGUGAGCUGGGAAGGGAAGCAAAUCAGAUUACUGCUGUGAUAACAGCUGGAUGUGCCAAAACGCCUCAAGCUUUCAAGCUGGGAGUAAAUGCCUUUUGUUUUAGGAGUGGGAGACAGCAAUUUAAUGCAGAAGGUUAUGGUUGCUAACACUGUAAGAGCCGUUUUUAACUGCCUCGGUAGCGCGUGGAAUUGGUGCUCGGGUUUCCUUGCACAAGGUGAGCUGCAGGGCCGCUUGCUGGAUGGUUACACUGGCACCACUGCAGGCUGCUCAGCGCCUGGGGACAUGUCUGGGUGCAGGGUGAUGGCAGUGGGUGCACAUCACAGGGCUCCCUCACCCCAUCCAGGUGUGUGACUGAAGAUGAGGACUGACACCAUUUGGUGGGCAGGCUCCUCACACUGCUGUUAUCCUGAGCACAUCCUGUGCUACGAGGGGCUCCAAAAGCCACACGCUGGGUGUUCUGGCUCCUCAGCCUGCCUUGUGCUUCCCUUGCUUGCUGCUGCAGCUGCCAAACUCGUUUUGUUGGUACUGAGCUGGAGCUUCUGCUGGGUCUGUGAGGCGCUUGGUUAGCUCCAGACCUCCAGUAAGAGGGAUCUGCGUGUGCAGGGUACGGAAGAGCUUGUGUUUAUCCAUGCCAGAGAUUACUAAGCUCCUGUAGCACAAACCUUAUCUUUAGAAUGCAUUUCCUGUAUCCAUCUUUCUGCCUUUCCUUUCAGUGACAGCCCAGUCCCAGUGGCAUUUACUACAGCUGCUUGUGGAGAAUGGAACACCGAGAUAAAGAAGUGUUCUGUUCAUCUGCCAGCUCAGCUGACCUCCAGGAAAAGUUCUGUGGGCCACACAUCACAGUUCAUGCAAGUCUUCAUUUUCAGUGCUGAGUGUUCUACCAGCAGACUGUGAGUGAAGGUAUAGCGCUGGUGGUAACAUCAGCUUUAUUCCUGGGGAGGCCCAUUGGCAGCCUUUCAGUUUUUAAAGAGGGGCUGUAAGAAGGAAGGGGACAGACUCUUUAACAGGGUCUGAUUUCAAUCUUAAUGAGAAAAGAUUUAGAUUGGAUAUAAGGAAGAAGUGUUUUUAUGAUAAGUGCAGUGAGGCAUUGGCACAUAUUGCCCAGGGAGGGUAUGGUGCCCCAUCCCUGCAGACAGCCAGGGUCAGGCUGGAGGGGCUCUGAGCACUGAUGGAGCUGUGGGUGUCUCUGUGCAUUGCAGGGGAGUUGGACCAGAUGGUCUUUAAGGGUCCACUCCAACUCCAAUGAUUCUCUGUUUAGGUUGGUAAUAACCACCUGCAGCCUUCUGUGAUUGCAGUGAGUUUGGUCCAGUCCGAUGUCGUACCUGUGCUUCACAGUAAGCAAUGAGGUGACUUGAGCCUCACAGCUGGACGAGCAAAUCAGUAUCAGCUGUUGCACUGCCAAAUUACAACGAGGUUGCAAGGUAAAGAUAUUAUGGUACAGCAGGGAGUGUGCUCAAAGCAUGAAGGCCUAUGAAAAGUUUGCUGAUUUGUCAUUCAAAGUGCAUGAACAGAGGAGAAUGAGGAGCAAGGGACUGGGAGGUGGAAGGAAUGAAGGAGGGUCAGAUCCUUUAGCUACCAAGUGGGUCUGCUCACCCAGAGCAGCUGCCCCGUGCACUUGUGCUGCUGCUUCAGAGGUCGGUGUGAAGGAGCGGCUGGCUGGGAUUCCAAACGUGUUUGUGUCCCCUGCCAAGCACAAGCCAGGUGCUCCAGGGGAGAGGAGUCAAUGCUGAGGAAGACUCCUGUUGUAAAUAGAAAGGGAGAUUCCAAAAUAACAGUUCUGGUCCCCAAGGGCACCUUGUCAAGGCUUGGAAGCCAAGCAGCAAUCCUCGGAGUUCUCAGCUCUGUGUGGAUCUCAGCACUUAAGUGUAUUUUGAGAAUCUGGACAAGGGUUUCUGGACUCACUGCCCUUCAGUUCUUUGGUAUCCAUUCCUUUUUAAAUCAAUUUAAAAAUAGGAUUACGUUUGACAUUUCAGAGAAUUUACCUGUUUCUUUUCUAUAGGUCACUCAAAUAACACAUCACCUAUUUUACAAUCUCAGACAUUUCAUUUUGGCAUGCUUUCUCCUGCUGGACUUGCAGCAACGUUGCAAUUGCUUGCAAGGGUCUUAACUAUUCAGAAGCACUUCAGCCAAAGCUUCUCCUUGUCUUGCCAUGUCCAGCAUCAGCAAUAGGAGCAACAGCCACCGCUGCUCCCAUCCCUGCUGCAUUCUUUGCUUCUGCAGCUGUAAGGUGGGUGUAAUUGAGAUUGACCUCUUUGUGUCAGACCCUCUGAGAUUUACUGAUAAGUAAGCUAUACAACAGUUGGGUGUGGGUUUUGUGAGGAAAGGGUUUAAUGAAGUGAUAAUAUUGCAAAAUAGGUGUUGAAUUCUCACCUGCGAAGCCCGAUCAUUGAUCACGAUGGGCAGCUGACCAAACGGGCUCUAAAAGCAAGGUCUGUUCCUCCUGUGAUGCUUAUCGCCCUGCCUCUGCUCCUGUCUGAUUCUUUGCACAAGAGCUGAAAACAGAAAUACUCUUUGACAGCUUAAAUAACCAAAUUCAGAGCGUGGCUUCCUGUUCUGACUGGUUCUUCAGGAUUAGAGCAGAGUUUUGCAUGCUUUCCCUCUUGUUGCCUCCCCACUCCUUUUUAAUUUAUUUUUUAACCAGAUACAGCCUCUUUUCUAAUUACUUUGUUAGAUUUCCUUGCUGUGUGUAACAGAGCUGCCGUGUGCAUGGUGGGUGGUAUGCUUCUUACCACUGGGAAAGCUUUGUUUCUUCCCCAGUAUCUCGUUCUGCCCUGCAUGCAUCAGCUUGUUUAUGACCACUGCUACUGCAACGGCUUGGUGUUCUCCUGAUAAAUUAGACCAGAUAAUGCAGCUGUCUCCCCCUCUUGUGCUAAAAGCAUCCAGCACCCUUCUCACUCCUCCUCUCCUCCCCCCGAAGUGGGUCUGCAGCAGGAGCCUCAUGCAGGAGCUGCUGCUCCAGGGAUGGGUCUCCUACCUACAGAUUUGCUGCAGUGAUUUAUGGCUAAGCCAUCAUGGUACCAUUCUUGGCUACAAAGGCACACUGCUGGCUCACGGCUAACCUGCUCUCCACCAGAACACCCAGGUCCUUCUCUGCACGGCUCCUUUUCCAGCAGCUCAGCCCCCAGCCUGUACUGAUGGGUGCAGUUAUUCCUCCCCAGGUGUAGGACUCUCCACUUGCAUUUGUUGAACCUCAUCAUGUUCCUCUCUGCCCAGCUCUCAGCCUGCACAGGUCCCGCUGAGUGGCAGCACAGGAGGGGCAUUACAUCCUCUGGCCCUCAAAUAGCUGGAAUCUAGCACUGUGUUCCUACAGGACACUUCGUAAGACCUCCUUUCCCCAUUGGCCCUGCUGCCAAGCCAGCUCAUUUCCCAGUAGAGAGAGGAUGUGGUGGGGGAGGUUUUCUAAUGCAGCUGCCUUGGAGCUUUCUUCCUAAUCUGAAACUGUGGAGCCGUUCUGCUUUUCCUUAUCUCUUCCACUGGUGCUGAUAGAUGUAGACCAAAAUUCCUACAUCUGAUAACAUCCCACUGUUUCUUUACCCUGAACCCAGCCAGUCAUAGAAUCACAGAAUGGCUUGGGUUGGAAGGGACCUCAAAGCUCAUCCACUUCCAACCCCUACUGUGGGCAGGGCUGACAACCACUAAAUCAGGUACCGUAUCAGGUUAUGGUUGUAUGUUAUGGUUAUAUAAUGUUAUGGUUAUAGCACUUUCCAUUGGUUCUUCCUCCUGUGUUGGAGGAAGAGAACAUCCAUUGCUUUUGCAGAGUGCCUGCAUUCAUUUCAAGCAAACUUAAAGUAACACCAGGCCCUUCUUACCCACUGAAGUACAUCUCUAGAAAGGCAGUGGUAAUAGAUGGCGUUCACUGGGGCUCUUCAGAGGGACACUGAUGCUUAGGUGAGCACUCCCCUGCCCCCACAGCAAAGUGCAGUUCAUGUAGCGGCCUGGGAAGCACUCCGACUCCAGACAGACGUAUUUACAUCCUGUCAGGUGGUGAUGAAUGGCUGUGCUCACGCGCCCUAUUGCAGCACACGGUGAUUUAGGCUGCUACCUGUCAUCGCUGCAAUUUCGUGUGCUUUGAGCUCUGUGUUUGUCCCCACAGAGUGCACCUGCUUGCAGUGAGGAGCAGCUGUCCUGUGCCCUGCAUCCUGCCUCAGCUCCAUCACAUCCCCACAGCCCAGCUGUCCCAACCCCUGCAGUGUGGGAUGCAGCACCCAAACAAACCGGGGCUGUGCCUGAGCUGUGACCUGAAGAGCAGAGUGUGCACAUGGUGCAUAAAUGGGGGCUGGUAAUCAAAGUGUUAACCUGACACAGUGACCUGAGGGCAGCGUCAGCCUCAGCGUUCCCACCUUUAUGGCCACAAAACCCAAUCAAAUGCCUUUUAUGAGUACAGAUUUCAGUGGCUGCACUUCCUUCAGCAUUUCCCACUUGUGUUGUCUGGUGUUUCAAAAAGGAAAACCCGGGGUGUUCCUGCUGUCCCCCCGUGUAUGGAGACGCAGUGCUUGGUGGUAUUGAUGCAGUGUUCAUUCAUUUACAGGUCUGUUAUCUCUGUGUUAGGAGUAGCUGCUCGCAGUUCUCACCACUUCUCAGGGCUUGCCUUUCUAAUGGUGGUUGCAGGUAACAACUCUGACCUUUGUCGGGACUGUAUCUGAACUAAUUGGGCCUUACACAACGUGUGCAUAAAGCCCUGAAGUUUCUCAUUAGAGUAGGGCAGAAGUUUGGGGUUGUUUUUCAGUCUGUGAACGUGUGGUGUGUGUCAGUUCUGUGUGUGAGGUUCUUGCCAGCCUCCUGACCCUGCUGAGCGUUGGGUUACCUCCAUUUCUCUCAUGCUCUGAUUUUUCCAUUGCUUUUUGCAACCGACUUCGUUUCUGUCCAACAAAAUGACUUUUUUUUUGGCACAGCAAUGAGCUGGCACUGCAUUUUUUUUUUUUUUUACAGCUGUGAGGAACCAUUACCAGAGAUGUGCUCUUGGCUGUAUGACACUGCUUACAUUAACACAACCAAACCGUACUUGAGUGGAGCACUGUGCUGCUUCGUCUGUCCCCUAUGAACCCCUGAGGUGUGUUUGGGUGGGAGCUUUCCCAUCAGCAUCAGACCUGAAGCAGCCACCAGGACUGGAUCCCCUCUGUGCUGGGCUGGUGUUCCUGUGGGGAACGGGGCACGAGCUGGCUUCAGGCUUUCUUUUCCCUCCCCCUCCCUGGGCCGAAAUGGGAGAGUACUGCAGGAAGGUUCCCUUGGUGCUCCACAUUCCCCGCAGCCCCGGGCCGGGUUCCUGCCCUGAGGCUUUUCCUUUCUUCCCACUCUCUCAGGAGUGAUGGAGCUGAGGAUGGAAUAGCGCCCAAAGGCAGCUGCUUCUCUUCUCAUUUGACGUAUUCAAGUUUCUGAAUAUGAAAGCUAUUGCCAAGAACGCUUUCCCCUCUCUCUUGCAGGAGAGAAAUUGAGGUUGUUUCCUACGCGCUGCCUGCCUUUCCCCAAACCACACACAGCACUGCUUCCCCCCAGCCUCGAGUUUUUUAGCCCUCCCCUCCCGGAGCGAGGGGUAAAAAACAAAGAACCACCACCGGGAACCCCCCGCGGCUGUUCGCUCCCUCCCGCACGGAGCCGCCACGUGCGUGUCGGUGGGCGUGGCCAUGCCCAGAAGGGGGCGUGGCUUGCGCGAAAGAGGGCGUGGUCAUGGCAAGAAGGGGGCGUGGCCGGGGCAGUGCCGGGCCGCUCCUGCGCAGUGCGGCGGGUGGCGGAGCGGAGCGGGGCAGAGCGGAGCAGAGCAGCGGGGCGGCCGGAGCUCCCCAUGCGGCGGGGCCGGGCGGCCGCCUACCUGCUGCCUGCGGGGCCGGGAUUUCGCCAUGAUCCCCUACUUCUCUGACAACGCCGUCAUCUCGCAGGGAACCAUCGCUCAGCUCAUCAGCGAGAGCUUCCUCACUGUGAAAGGAGCGGCGCUCUUCCUGCCACGAGGGAAUGGCUCAUCCACCCCCAGGGUCAGCCACCGGCGCAACAAGCACGCAGGGGAUCUCCAGCAACACCUGCAGGCCAUGUUCAUACUGCUCCGCCCGGAAGACAACAUCAGACUGGCUGUAAGACUGGAAAGCACAUACCAGAACCGCACUCGGUACAUGGUGGUCGUAUCCACCAACGGCAGACAGGACACGGAGGAGAGCAUCGUCCUGGGAAUGGAUUUCUCUUCCAAUGACAGUAGCACUUGUACGAUGGGUUUGGUGCUGCCGCUGUGGAGUGACACCUUGAUCCACCUGGAUGGGGAUGGCGGGUUCAGCGUAUCCACAGAUAACAGGGUGCACAUAUUCAAGCCGGUGUCCGUGCAGGCAAUGUGGUCUGCUCUGCAGAGUUUACAUAAGGCGUGUGAGGUGGCCCGAAGCAACAAUUACUACCCAGGGAGCCUCUUCCUCACGUGGGUCAGUUACUAUGAGAGCCACAUCAACUCCGACCAGUCCUCGGUCAAUGAGUGGAAUGCUAUGCAAGAUGUGCAGUCCCACCGGCCCGACUCGCCCGCCCUCUUCACAGACGUCCCAACCGAGCGGGAGCGCACAGAACGGCUCAUUAAGACCAAGUUAAGGGAGAUCAUGAUGCAGAAAGAUCUGGAGAACAUCACAUCAAAGGAGAUACGCACGGAGCUGGAGAUGCAGAUGGUGUGCAACCUGCGGGAGUUCAAAGAGUUCAUUGACAAUGAAAUGAUAGUGAUCCUCGGGCAGAUGGACAGCCCCACUCAGAUAUUUGAUCACGUCUUCCUGGGCUCUGAAUGGAAUGCCUCCAAUCUGGAAGACUUGCAGAACAGAGGGGUGCGGUAUAUUUUGAAUGUGACUCGAGAAAUAGAUAACUUCUUCCCUGGCCUUUUUGAGUACCACAAUAUUCGGGUGUAUGAUGAAGAAGCAACAGAUCUUCUGGCUUACUGGAAUGAUACCUACAAAUUCAUCUCCAAGGCAAAGAAAAACGGUUCCAAGUGCCUGGUGCACUGCAAGAUGGGGGUGAGCCGCUCGGCCUCCACGGUCAUCGCCUACGCCAUGAAGGAGUACGGCUGGAACCUGGACAGGGCUUACGACUACGUGAAGGAACGGCGCACGGUCACCAAGCCCAACCCCAGCUUUAUGAGGCAGCUGGAGGAGUACCAGGGCAUCCUGCUGGCCAGCAAGCAGCGGCACAACAAGCUGUGGCGUUCGCACUCCGACAGCGACCUCUCGGACCACCAUGAGCCCAUCUGCAAGUCAGGGCUGGAGCUGAACAAGAAGGAGAUCACUACCUCGGCCGACCAGAUCUCCGAGGCCAAGAGCAACGACAACCAGCAGCCCAUGUCUCCCAUCUACCCCGCCGAGUUGGACCGGGAGCAGCUCGCGGAGGAUGCGAAUGUGAUCAAGGAGAGCUGCGUGAAAGAGAGGAGGAUCCACCUGGAGUUCACGUGCAGGGACUUCCACGUGGAGCAGAUGGAGGACAAGCUGAACCUGAACAACAUCAACGGCUGUACGGCAGGGUGCUGCGUGGAUUCUGUCCCCCCCGAUAACUGCCAUGCUUCUGAGGCCUUAAUGCAACUCCAGCGCCCCUUGGAAAUAACAGAGUUUCCUGAUUUGACUGUAGACGAUCUGGAAAAAGAUGCCCUUAAGCCUGAUGUGAACGUGCACUUGGUUCCCAUGGAAGAAUUCACUUCGUGCUUAAAAGACUCUCCCCAGUCCCCAAACCAAAACGCACCGAGUCCGCAGCAGAACGCCCAGCCCGAAGGGACGGACCUCAGUGCAGACAGGAUCGACUUCUUCAGUGCUUUGGAGAAAUUCGUGGAGCUCUCCCAGGAGAGCAGGUCACGCAGCUGCUCCCACUCCCGGCCGGAGGAGCAAAGUGCUGGGAGGAACGGGGCAGCCAGGCUGCCUGUGCUGGAGGUGCUGCCUGCUGCAGACCUGGGUGCAGACACUCAAAGGAACAGCUCUGGAACCUCCCCGCAGGCAUCAGAUGACUCUUCCACGGAUGAAGAGCAACAAAAGGAGGUCCCUGAGCUGCCUGGCACCGGCCAUCUCACACGGUCCCACUCCGAAAAUGCCAUUUCGGUGAAGGAAAUCAUCACAGAGAUCGAGUCCAUCAAGCAGGGAGCGGGGCCCGCCCAGCAGAAGGAGGGUUCAACCAACCUCACCCCAACACCAAAGAGGAACACGGUGCACGACCUGCCGGUGGAGGCCAUUUGGGCGUCGGAAAGGGCGGAUCAGAGCGAAGGACACCAGGAAAAGGAGAAAGACCCCCUGCAAGCUGAGCAAGAAACUGCUCCCUCACCGCAGCUCUCCUCCUGUAAGUCAGAGCUGGAGGAGGGUGAGCAGCACGGCGUCCACCCCGAGCCCAAGUGGUGCCCCGGCUCCGUCCGCAGAGCCACGUUGGAGUUUGAGGAGCGCUUGAGGCAGGAGCAGGAGCACCAGCACGUGUCCCCAGCCUGCGUCCUGCUGACCCGCAAGAACUCCAGGAACGACUCCGCUGCUGCCGAGCCGCUGCCGCGGGGGAGGACGGAGGAGCUGCCCCUGGAGUUGGCUGCGGAGGGUGAUGCGGCGCAGGGCUCUGAGGAGCCGCUGUCCUCGGGGGCAGAGCAGCCUGCGGGCAGGCAGCUGCCCACACCCCUCACCCACCCCACGGAGCCCAGCGCGGGGCAGGAGGAGCGCAGGGUGGUGGUCUCGUUUGAGGGCACGGAGGAGCUGGCCCUGCCCUCCCUGCUUCCCAAAAGAAUCGAAAUCAUUGAGUUCACUCCUAUGGUCAGGGCUGCCGAGAGCCCCGAUGCGGGCGAUGAGCGGCCCGCAGCCCUCCCUCUGCUGGAUGAAAACUUGAACCCUUCGCUGUGCUCCAAGAAGGCAGCGGCCUCUCUCAGAGCUCCGGUACACCAACCGCUGCCAGAGCACGCGGUACAGCAGCAGCCCGCCUGCACCCUGCUCAGCCCCAGUGAGGAAGGCUCUGCCUCGUCCUUUCCCCUCGGUGCUGCUUCCCCCUCUGCCCAGCCCUCCCGCACGCCCUCGGCCAGCCCCGACCGCUCUGCCUUCCCCUCCGUGAUCCACCUGGAGGGCGUCACCGAGCAGAGCACGAGCACAGACCGUGAGCCGACCGCGGGAGCCGUGAGUCUCCCGUUCAGGGACGGCAGCCAGGCUCCGUGCCAGGGCGGUGCUGGCUCCUCAACCGGCCGGCACCCCGCGAAUGUGGACCUUCUGGACAUCUCCUUCCUGUGCUGCAGCCUGCCCCACAGCUCCAGCAGCCGCAGCGUGGGGGAGCAGCGCAGCAGCAGCCCCGGGCUGGUCAAGCAGCGAGCCAAGGAAAUAGAGGCCCGGAUCCGACACGCGGGGCUCACCACCCCCUCCCAGAUGAAGCGCUCGGCAUCCUUGGCCAAACUGGACUGCCUGGACCUCUCCAAGGACGACUUAUCUGAGAGGGAGGCGGCUUCCCGCUGCGCCAGCCCCGUCCUCCUCGGCUGCGUGGCCCUGGGUCCGGGCUUCCACGGAGGGAGGUCGGAGCAGAGCUUGGAGAGCCCGUGUGGAAAACGGCACCCGUUGUCCCCAGCCACCCCCCUCCAGGAUCCCAAACCUGCUCAGCAUUUUGUAGAGCAGCUCAGAACAGCCGAGUGCAUUGCCCAGAGCAAGCCGGUGGAGCGCCCGCUGGCUCAGUAUGCCAAAGAGUGCGGCUCCAGCCAGCACAGCUCGGCUCCCGGCGCCGGUCCCGCAUGGACUGCCCUCCAGGAGGGGCCCUCGGUGUCAGCAGUGCCCCGACAGCAGCACGGUAGAACUCACCCAUUGAGGAGACUCAGAAAGAGCAAUGACAGAAAGCGGACAACCAAUCCCCUCUAUAACACCAUGUGAUCCCGAGCUCUCAGCCGCCAUCCCCCAAGGGGCAGGUGUAAUAUAAGGAACAUGCACUUUAUUGGUUAAUUUUAUAUAUAUAUAUAUAUAUAUAUUGUCAUUUUACCGUUCCUGGCGCAUGUAGGUGUGGGUUGGUUCCUCUGUGUGCGACUCUGACUGCAGGACUGUUGGUUGGUUUUGUUUUUUAUGAGUUGUUUUUUUUUUUAUGAACUCGGAUAACCUCAGACGUCCUUUUUGUUGUCGGUUUGUUUUAAAAGAACACCUCUCCCCAUUGAAACCAAGCCUGGCGCGCUGCGGCGGGGCAGACGUUUGCUCAGAACCCGCUCCUCCAUCCUCACUUGAAUCAGCCCCGUGCCUCGAGGUGCUGCUGGGCGGCGGGGCGAGAGCCCACGCAACUGUGAAGGCUGUGCCAAGUCCCCUCCGUUGGCUUUGUGCUGCAGGCUGGAGCUGGGCGGCGCUGCCGGGUCCCUUAUGGAGCUCAGCUCUGCCUGUGCGCCCCAACGGGAGCACAGGGGUGUGCUCGGGGACCCCCAGCUCUGUCCUCACCUCCUCCCCCAGCUGAGAGCCCACGACCCGGAGUGUUCUUCUAAAACAAACACCUCGAUAGGGCGCGAGCCCUCCCGUUACUUGAAUACUGCCGUGGGCCUUCCACGUUCAUGGCCAUAUCGUGUCCUCUGCCCUCUGCUGCCUCCCUGCCCCACAGAGCCACCCCACGGCCCCUCUCCCCCCCCCCCCCCUUACAUCCCCGAGGCCGUUGUAGUUGUUACCCGUUGUGUUCCCACACUGAAUGCAAAGCUUUGUCCUCUGCUGUCACUCCCAGCACUCAGCCCAGAGGGAAGAUCUUUCCUGGAAGUUUUUGUUUAUGCUGUAUUGUAUAUAUGAUAUUUAUAUAGAUCUUUUUUGUUUGUUUGUUUGUUUCUAUGUUGGAUAUUAUUUUGUUUCCUGUUUUUGUUUUUAUUUUUUUUUAAGGGCAAGACUGCAUUCUGUAAACUGGAAAACAGCACCACUUUCCUCACCCUCAGUGCCGUCCAUGGCAAUCUGCACCCAAACGAAGCGGCUUUGGCCCAACGUCUCCUCCAGCCCUGUGUUCUCUCUGAGCCCUUCUGCAGCUCCUGGCCUCCCCCACACCCACGCGGUUACUCCCAGUUUUCAGCCUGCUCUGCACUGCCUGGUGGCACUGCCACGAGCUGCACAACGGCUGCUGCUGCUGAAAGUGCAGCACCCAGAGGGCACAGGGCAGGAGGAGCAGAGCAGCCGUGCCUGGAAAGCAGCAGCGGUGCUGCAGGCUGUGCUGGGAUGAGCUCACCUCCAGCUGCAGGGCAGCUCGUGCCACCACAGCCAGCUGGGAGGAUUUGCCCCUCCUGCAGCUCCUGGGCUCCUCCUGCUGCCUUCCUGCAGCCCAAGGCCCCGCUGCGUGUCCUGCUGUAGCUCUGUAUGCUGUCCUAGCAGUGCUGGCUGCAGGCUGGAGCGCAGCCCAAGGGUCGGAUAGCGCUGGGCCAUGGCUUGCUGCAGGGCCACGUGGCUCCCAGUGGCUCCAGCUGGCCUUGGAGCCGGGCGGGCGGCACAGAAUGGCCAUGUGCCCCCGGGUCAGCUGUGAAGGACAGCGUCAGCCCCCACCUCCCCGGCUUUCUCCACCUGGUUUGGUCUCGGGAGAGGUGCCCUUUUUGCAGAGCAGAAAUGUGCUUCCUCCCACUGCUCCUAUCUGCAGAGCAGCAGUGCUGCAGGGCCGUGCUGUCCCCUUCUCCCCGGCCCAGCCUCGUUCCCUUCCACCAUCACGAAGGCACUGGGGGGCUCUGAGCCCGCUGGCAGAACAGCUGCACAGUGCUGGGUGCUCAGCCAAAGCCAGCGGGCUCAGAGGUCCCCCCGGGGCCGUGCACCCCAUCUCUGUGCCGUCGGCUCUCUCCUUGCCGCUGGGGUUUCGGGAGGAACGUGGUGUUUGAAGGGCAUUUUGUACAAAGCAGCCGUUCCUUUGGUCUCACAAAGCCCUCCCGGAGGACGCUCACUUGUUUACAUUGACUCCUGUACAGUAUCUCAGCCAUUGCCCCCCACCUCUGCCCGUACUGUAAGUGUGAGCCUUGCACAGACGGAUAGCACCCGCGUCCAACUGGUUUUUACACUGUGUUCUGUUGCACUCGAUGGUGUGUGUGUGUGUGUGUGUGUGCGUGUGUCCCAUCCCCUCCCCCAGUCAUCCCAUGUACAGACCCCCCCCCCUCCCUCUCGGCCCCAUCCUGGAGGUGACCCCCGGCAGAAGGGAACCUAUGAGGCACUGGGAUAGGGCGGUGCUCCAGGCCAUCUCCCACAGCACCAAACCCUGUGCUGCUGCCUUUACAUCCCUGCCCCGCCAUGCAACAUCCGUGUGCUCAGCUGUGACCGGGGAUGGAGCACAUGUGUGCCCCUGGGUGUCCCUCAGUGCCUGGGAUCGUCCCUUUCCCCCUCUCACUCCCCCCUCCCCAAUACCCCUCCAAGAGACUUUAUGACCGAUGUGCUCCGCUGUUUUUAAAUGUGAACUCGUGCACUGAUGUGCAAAUCCAAUGUUCUUGUUACCGAAUGAAUAAAAGUUUUAUUUUGAUGA